AUGCAGACCGCUCUUCACACCAAGACCAAGAUUCUCCAGGCAAUCCUACAAAUACGAUCUUAUCCUUUCACUUCCCACGAUCUCAUCGCUAUCAAACAGAAAGUGCACCGCAUAUCCUUAAAGGAGCUUACGGUUCGGCACAUAAAACAUAUUUUUCUUGAAUUCGUGCGUGUCAGGAAAUUUAGAAAUUCUGAGAUGCAGUUCGUGCUGGAAGAGCUUUUAAACGUGGUAGGUCUGUUUGACGAGCUGGAUGUUGUUGGUGAAUGCGUGAUAGAACUGUUGUAUGAGAAUGACAGGCAUGUUUAUGAUGUGUUGAGGGCACAUUUUGCUGUUUUGUAUGAAAUAAUGGAGCGGUACGGCGAAAACGUGGAGGAUAGCGUUGUACAACGCUUUAGUGAGGGCAUGGACGGACUGGGCGUACAGGUAAGGAGCGCUGUGGAUGAUACCACCAAUGUUUCGGGUGGUAGCGCUGAUCAUGGGCGGUUGAACCGAGCGCAGCCCUGCCUGUCGCACAGGACGGGAAAGAAAAUCUUCUAUGAGCUGUUCAUCGCGCUUUCGCACUUCAAGAAUAAGCAGCUUGUGUUUUUUCUCAGGCCAAAGUUUGUUUCCCUUGUGGGCAAAAAGCCUCUGAAACAGCUUUAUCUGCAGCACAAGAUGUACGUGGUCGUACCGGAGUGUCUCAAUUUGGAGGUUCCGACGGAAAGAGCGCUUUUUGCACUUAAUCACAAGGACCUUGCAUCUUUUGUGUAUGCUACGGUGUUUGAUCCGUACCUGUUCCAGAUCAAUCCUGCCCAGGACAUUUUCUAUGAGAGCGUUUUCUUUCUGUUCCUGUAUUUUGACUGCGAGCCGAUGAUGGAAGACUUGGGGAUGCAAAUGUUUGGAAGGAUGGUUGGUGAAAAUGAAAUUGUGGGCAUGGUUGAGCAUGUGGAACAGGAGGAGAAGUGCGGCGAAAACGCGUCCUCACACAUCAAGCACUGCUGUGAAAGACUUAUGAGGUACGAUGCACGUGCCAAAGACGUGGUAAGACAGAAGUUCGCCCGUUUCAAUGCAAGCGCAGAUGUGCUAGACUUUGAUAACAAGCACCUGAUACUCCGCAGCUUUCCGCUCAACAAACGUUCAAUCGGCAAGUUCCUCAGCAACAACUCGCCGGUGCUGAAAGAGUACCUUAAAACGUUUGAUUUUGCUAAUUUGGACCUUUUGGGCGCACUCAGAACGUUUCUCAAGAAUUUUUAUCUGCCGACGGAGAGCCAGGCAAUCAACAAAAUACUUAGCGCAUUCAGUGAGAGGUACUAUGAGUGCAAUAAGGAUGAGUUUGGAAGUGAUGGAAAGGAUCUGGAUGAUAUUGUGUGUGGGGAUGGCGCGGAUGUAAAGUGUGUUAAUGGGAUUGUUGGGGAUGGGGGUGCUGGCGGGGAAGAAAGCAACGAGGAUGAGCUGACAGAGGGGGGAGGGAGUGAGGCGGAACAUGACAGGAGAAAUGGUGGUGUAGCAGACAGCAAAGGUAGAAGGACACGCAACAAAAAGCAUGGUGACAAAAAGAUGGAAGGUGGUAACGUGGGAAGGGAUGCACAAAAUGGAGAAAAGCCUGGUGUUUUGACCAAUGAAGUGCAGGGCGUUUACGAAAUUGCGGAUCAAAAAAACAUCGGGGAUUUGAUGAACAAUAGCAAAAUGCACGCUGCUAAGGACACGGCUAAAACGGGAACAAAGAGCACGGCAUUUGAUUUCGAUAGCGUAGACAUCCUCACAUUUUGCAUACUCUGCCUGAACACAGACCUGCACAACGUUGCGAUCCGUGUAAAAACGCUGAAGCUCAGUUUCAUAGACCGGGCAAGAAAGUGCAAUCUGAGCUAUUUUUUCACAGACAGGUAUCUUUCGUACGUGUACGACAGCGUGAGGAGGGAUCCUUUGGUGACAGAUAGUCAUUUCAUACACAAUCUGGAAACGUACCGUGCAUACUAUCAGAUGAUAAAUCACAGUUCGUUUUGUACGAUAGAGCGGAUGAAUGUGUGUCUGCCGUGUAAGAGGGCAAUAAUUCGGAAUAUGUGCGCACAAAGCCAGGAGAGAGUGUUUAAGAUGGCACCUGACGAUGUCAUACGAAUAAUCAGGUUUGGUGGAGAUGCCAUGGCUAUGAUUGCGUACUGUGUAUGGUACGGUGACAGGAUCAGAAGAGAAAGGGUGGACAGCUUUUUCAGGAUAUUUUACGCUGGGUUGGAGAUGAUAGAGGCAGAUGACAGCUGGGAUGCAAGGAAUUGGCAGGAUGGGGAGAACCCGUACGUGUUUCUGAAAUAUCCUCUGACAAUUUUGAACAAGUACAAGGGGAAAAACGAAAAUUUCUUUUUCAAACGCAGUCGCGAGGCCGAUAAGAUGAAAACUACGCUGUAUAAAGUGAUAGGAAGCAGCAGAGAUGCGGUGUUCCGCCAUUUCAUUGAGGAAAAUGCUGCGUGCAACCUGAAUGUUCUGGUGAGAAAAAACGUGUUUCGACUUGACAUACUCGAUGAGAAUGUUCUGGGAAUGGUGAUAAGCGAGGAAACGUUGAAUACUGCAAAAGAAUUGGAAAUGUACGACCUUUUCUACCGCAUGCUGAAUUUGAGGGACUUUACGGAUUACAUUUUGAGGAAUGAUUGGAUAGAGGUGGACAGGGUAGAGAGGAAAUGGAUCAACAAGGACGUGAUAAUAAGAAGAGAGGAGAUCGGUGAGGACAUGUUCUGUUACUUGAAUGGAAAUGUCAAUUUGCUCGUUUAUUUCGGGAAGUGCAAAUCAGUUUUUAACCUGGAGUGGCUCGAGCACAUUGUCAAGGACGGUCAGAAGUGCUAUAUGGAGAGAAUUAAUGUUAAGGAUGACAGGCUGAUGUUCAUGGUUGGUGUCCUGGACUGUUUGAUCAAUUAUGAGCGCUGCACAGGUGAGGACACGAACAACGGUGGUACAGAAGGGAAGAAUGAUGGCAAUGACACGAUGGUUAACAGCAUUCCAAUUUCGAAUGCUGGGCCGGUCGCGGAUGUCGAACAAAGGCAUGAUGCGGUCAAUCCGUACGAGUAUCUUAUAAAUCAGAUGGCAAGCAGGCUUGAUAAGGACGAAAGAACAGUUCUUGUGAAGAACAUAAAGAAGAUCAUCGCGUUGCUUUCCCUUUCUCUCCCUCUGAUCGUCAAAAUUGUGAAACUGCCAGUGUCCGAUGCCCUGGGCAAGGAGUUGGCAAAGGUCUUCAUGAAGCGGAUCAAGUACAAGAACGUGUGUGCGAGCGAAUGCGAGCAUAAGAUUGAUGUGGAUGGAGUGGUCGAGUACAUCCGGGCGAAGGGCUGGGAGAGUGUCGAUAAAGAGGCGAGCGAAUUAACAAGCGAAGCGACGAAAGUGUCGGUAGAAGACGUGGGCAUGAGUAAGGGACAAAAUGAGAACGAGCUUGAUAUUUGAUUGUGUGUGAAUAAAGACGA